AUGAAUUUAUUACCCAAAACCCAUGAGGAAUUCGCCACAGUUGACUAUUGGAAUACCUUCUUUAAGAAACGUGGAGAAAAGGCUUUUGAAUGGUAUGGUGAAUAUUUGGAAUUAUGCGAACAGAUCCAUAAAUAUAUCCGGCCGAAUGAUAAAAUUCUUAUGGUUGGUUGUGGCAACUCCAAAUUGAGUAUGGAUAUGUAUGAUUCGGGAUUUAAAGAUAUAACCAACAUCGAUAUAUCCGCUGUGGCGAUAAAGAAAAUGCAAGAAGCAAAUGCGCGCACUCGUAGCGAUAUGAAAUUCAUACAAAUGGAUGCCACCAGCAUGAGUUUUGAUAAUGAACAAUUUUCGGUGGCGUUGGAUAAGGGUACAUUGGAUGCGUUGUUUGUCGAUGACACGGAGGGUACACAAAAAACUGUUGAGGCUUAUUUUAAAGAAAUUGCACGGGUAUUAAGAAAUGGCGGACGUUAUGUUUGCAUAUCACUGCUGCAAGAACAUAUUUUAAAAUAUAUUAUUGAAUAUUUUCCCAAAAAUGCAUUUAUGUUGCGUAUCGUUCAUUGUCCCGAUGCUGAUGCAGCUAAUCAAGAGAAAAAUCUUGAAAAUCCUGAUGCUGUAUCAAUGCCGGUGUUUACAAUAGUGGCAACAAAAUUUAAAUCACUGCCAAUGCCGAUUCUAGAAUUCAGCUAUACCAGUGAUAAAGUUCAACGCUGCAAAUCCGCCCUAGAUUUACAAAAUUCCGUGAAAUCUCUACAAACUGCGGCAGUGGUCUGCAAUGGCCUUGGUCGUACCGAUGUGGUUGGCCACAAUGACGUCAGCAUUGAUUUGUGUAGACCAGGUGAAAAUGUCGCACGUUAUACAGUACACAUUGUAGAUCAACCACCAGCCAGAGGUCUAGGAAAAUAUGCCGUUUUUCUGGUGCCACAAGGACGAGAGGUUGAAUGGCUGUUUGCCACAUCGAAGGGCCGCAGAAAACUUUUGGAACAAUCCAAAUUCCAACGCAUGGCUGUAGUUACAUUACAUCGCGAACAAAGUUAUCUAUCAAUGGACGAAGUUAAAGCCGAAUUGUCGGAUAGUGUAAAAAGUUUUGCACCCGUUGGUUUGAAGGAUCAGAUUCCCUAUUUAUCCAUUGGCGCUGAUAUGGGAACGCGUACAACUUUGUUCAAAGGCAAAUCAGAUAUAUCCGGCGAUUUUGUCGUUGAGGAAGUUGAAGGAUCGGAUGGUAAAACGUUUCGACGUCUCAUUUUUAUGAGCAAUCAGGCUGUGGUGCAAUCAGAAGCGUUGAUUAAGAAGGGUAAGGGCAAUGGAAUCAAUGGAAGCAAGAAUCAGGAUAAUAUUGAUUUUGGUUAUUUAGCAUGCCAGCAUCAUGCCUAUAUGUCGCUGGGUGUACAAUUGAUUGCCGAGUCACAAGAACAAAUGAUAAAGAUUUUGGUUAUUGGUUUGGGUGGUGGAGGUCUAUGUAUGUUUCUUCACGAGGCAGUGGGCAACAUUGAUAUUACCGCUGUCGAUAUAGAUCCAGCCAUGGCAAAUGUGGCUGAAAAAUAUUUUGGGCUGCAGCAAGAUGAACGUCUGCAUGUUGUCAUAGAAGAUGGUUUGCAAUUUUUAAAUUAUUGUCGCAAAGAAGGUCAUAAAUAUGAUGCCAUACUAUUUGAUGUCGAUAGUAAAGAUUUGACACUGGGCAUGAGCUGUCCCCCACCCUCGUUUAUGGCCAAUGAUGUUCUGCUAAAUCUAAAGUCACUUUUAAAUGAAAGUGGUUUAUUUAUAUUGAAUUUGGUGUGUCGUGAUGACACGUUAAGAGAUCAAACUAUCGGCGAUUUGAAAACGAUAUUCCCCUCGGUGUGUUCGUAUAAGCUAGAUGAAGAUGUUAAUGAAAUUAUUUAUUGUACAAAUAAUGAAAAAUUUAAAAAAUUAUCGGUAUGGAAGAAAUGUCUUGGGUCAUCGGGUAGAAAAUUAAAUGAUCUAACCAAAAAGAAGAAAUUGUGCAAAGAUGAAGUUUUAGAUGUAACCGAAUUUUUAAGUGAAUUGAAAAUAUAA